GAAGGAGCGUGGAGCCGAGUCUCCCGUGACCCCGGUGGAAGCAAGAUGGCGGGCUCGUGGUGAGCAGAAGUCGAGGGAUGAAAUAUAGGUAUACCUAGAAGCAGAUUUUAAAAAACACUUUCUUUUCAGAUCAUCUUCUUUCAUACUAACUGAUAAUCAUCUUGAUUCACUAUGGCACUGGCAGCAGUAAAAUGGGUGAUAUCAAGUAGAACUAUCUUGAAACAUUUAUUUCCAAUUCAAAACAGUGCUUCAUAUUAUGUUUGUCAUAAAUCUACAUAUUCUUCUCUUCCAGAUAACUAUAAUUGCAAAGUAGAGCUUGCUUUGACAUCUGAUGGCAAGACAAUAGUAUGCUAUCACCCUUCUGUGGACAUUCCAUACGAACACACAAAACCUAUCCCUCGUCCAGAUCCUGUACAUAAUAUUGAAGAAACACAUGAUCUAGUGCUGAAAACCAGAUUAGAAGAAAAAGGUGAACAUUUAGAGCAAGGACCCAUGAUAGAACAACUUAGCAAAAUGUUCUUUACUACUAAGCACCGUUGGUACCCUCAUGGACAGUAUCAUAGACGUCGUAGGAAGCCAAAUCCUCCAAAAGACAGAUGAUACUGAGAUUUUCAGAAAUCAGAGAGAAAUGUUAUCCUGCAUCUCAUUUGCCAUUUGAGAAAAUACAGUUGGGUAUAUUCACCAAUAUGUUAUAUAGUAAAAUAAUUAAAAGAUCUUAUCAUAUA